AUGCAUCAGCUCCUCAAAGACUACGAGCUGCAGUGUACCCAGGCCACUGACCAGCUCAGUGAACUCAAAGAAGCCUUGGCUGUCAACGAAGAAGAAAAAAAUCAAAAUUUGCGUGCCAUCGAAUCCGAACUCAUGGAUACCCUAAUCCAGCUCAAGGCUGCAGAAGCAUACGCCCAGGUUCUCCUACAAGUCAACACCAAACAGAAAGAAGAGCUUACCGCUUUCCGACAAAAGCGUAUUAAAGCUCUCGCCCAACGAGAAGCUAGCGGCUGUCUACCUUCGCCCACUUCUUCUAAAACAACAGAAUCAGCGCCACAUCAUCCCAUUUCCCCAACCGAAAUCACAAGAGAACCGCUGUACGCUGUGACACUGGAGGAGUACCGCGACAGGGAUGCGGCCGUGGGGCAGCUUGCUGCGGAGCUGGAGGAGCAGAGGGCCGAGGCGGAGAAGCUUGCUGCGGAGCUGGUGGAGCAGAGGGCCGAGGCGGAGAAGCUUGCGGCGGAGCUGGAGGAGAAGAGGGCCGAGGCGGAGAAGCUUGCUGCGGAGCUGGUGGAGCAGAGGGCCGAGGCGGAGAAGCUUGCUGCGGAGCUGGAGGAGCAGAGGGCCGAGGCGGAGAAGCUUGCUGCGGAGCUGGUGGAGCAGAGGGCCGAGGCGGAGAAGCUUGCGGCGGAGGUGGCGGCCUUCCGCGCGAAGCGCAAUGCUGCGCUGGAGGCCCGCGACGCGGACGGCACGCUGCCCGUGCUGGAGAAGGCUGUGGCCGCGGACGAGGCGGCUGCGCAGGCGCUGGACCCGCGGCAGAUCGCCGACGGGCCGCUGUACGCUGUGACGCUGGAGGAGUACCGCGACAGGGAUGCGGCCGUGGGGCAGCUUGCUGCGGAGCUGGAGGAGCAGAGGGCCGAGGCGGAGAAGCUUGCUGCGGAGCUGGAGGAGCAGAGGGCCGAGGCGGAGAAGCUUGCUGCGGAGCUGGAGGAGAAGAGGGCCGAGGCGGAGAAGCUUGCUGCGGAGCUGGUGGAGCAGAGGGCCGAGGCGGAGAAGCUUGCUGCGGAGCUGGAGGAGCAGAGGGCCGAGGCGGAGAAGCUUGCUGCGGAGCUGGUGGAGCAGAGGGCCGAGGCGGAGAAGCUUGCUGCGGAGCUGGAGGAGAAGAGUGCUGAGGCGGAGAAGCUUGCGGCGGAGCUGGAGGAGCAGAGGGCCGAGGCGGAGAAGCUUGCUGCGGAGCUGGAGGAGCAGAGGGCCGAGGCGGAGAAGCUUGCUGCGGAGGUGGUGGAGCAGAGGGCCGAGGCGGAGAAGCUUGCUGCGGAGCUGGUGGAGCAGAGGGCCGAGGCGGAGAAGCUUGCUGUGGAGCUGGAGGAGCAGAGGGCCGAGGCGGAGAAGCUUGCGGCGGAGCUGGUGGAGCAGAGGGCCGAGGCGGAGAAGCUUGCUGCGGAGCUGGAGGAGCAGAGGGCCGAGGCGGAGAAGCUUGCUGUGGAGCUGGAGGAGCAGAGGGCCGAGGCGGAGAAGCUUGCGGCGGAGCUGGAGGAGAAGAGGGCCGAGGCGGAGAAGCUUGCUGCGGAGCUGGAGGAGCAGAGGGCCGAGGCGGAGAAGCUUGCUGCGGAGCUGGAGGAGCAGAGGGCCGAGGCGGAGAAGCUUGCGGCGGAGCUGGAGGAGAAGAGUGCUGAGGCGGAGAAGCUUGCGGCGGAGCUGGAGGAGCAGAGGGCCGAGGCGGAGAAGCUUGCUGCGGAGCUGGAGGAGCAGAGGGCCGAGGCGGAGAAGCUUGCUGCGGAGGUGGUGGAGCAGAGGGCCGAGGCGGAGAAGCUUGCUGCGGAGCUGGUGGAGCAGAGGGCCGAGGCGGAGAAGCUUGCUGUGGAGCUGGAGGAGCAGAGGGCCGAGGCGGAGAAGCUUGCGGCGGAGCUGGUGGAGCAGAGGGCCGAGGCGGAGAAGCUUGCUGCGGAGCUGGUGGAGCAGAGGGCCGAGGCGGAGAAGCUUGCUGCGGAGCUGGAGGAGCAGAGGGCCGAGGCGGAGAAGCUUGCUGCGGAGCUGGAGGAGCAGAGGGCCGAGGCGGAGAAGCUUGCGGCGGAGCUGGUGGAGCAGAGGGCCGAGGCGGAGAAGCUUGCGGCGGAGGUGGCGGCCUUCCGCGCGAAGCGCAACGCUGCGCUGGAGGCCCGCGACGCGGACGGCACGCUGCCCGUGCUGGAGAAGGCUGUGGCCGCGGACGAGGCGGCUGCGCAGGCGCUGGACCCGCGGCAGAUCGCCGACGGGCCGCUGUACGCUGUGACGUUGGAGGAACUGUUACAGGCACGAGAGGAGGCGGCACGCAAUGUAGAGGCGAUGGAUGACAAUGCUGCUGCCUUGGAGUCAGAACUGCUGGAUGUGUUGAUGCAGUUGAAGGUGAUGAAAGGCGAAAACGCUGCUCUGGAGGAUCUCUGCAAGGAAAAGGAUGCUGCGGUAGCUGACCUUGAGAAGCACGACGUGCGUGCGAACAACAGCGACAAGGCGAAGCCACAGACUACUUCGCGCCACAGCAAGGUGUUUGAGGGCGAGGAAUGGGGCACUGUUAUGGCCACUAAGCCCCAUGCGCUUCACGAGGCAUUUGUGUCCGAUGUGUGCGCCGCGUGCCGCGUGGGGCGCGAUGAUCUCUCCGAGGUGACGUUUGCACUUGGGAGUCUGAUGGCCGGCGUGAGUGUGACGCAUAAUAGCGACAUCAGCUGCGACGACAUUGCAAAGCUUGUGAUGGACUACCACUAUCCGAAUGUGUGGGCACUGUAUGCGAAGCGUUGGACUCCCAAGGAUGGCCUGGAUGCGGCGAAGGACAUGAUCACCGAGCUUCAGGUCGCGCUAGCAGCGAAGGAGGAGGAGGCCGCCAAGAAUGCAGCAGAGCUGGAGGAGCAGAGGGCCGAGGCGGAGAAGCUUGCUGCGGAGCUGGUGGAGCAGAGGGCCGAGGCGGAGAAGCUUGCGGCGGAGCUGGUGGAGCAGAGGGCUGAGGCGGAGAAGCUUGCUGCGGAGCUGGUGGAGCAGAGGGCCGAGGCGGAGAAGCUUGCUGCGGAGCUGGUGGAGCAGAGGGCCGAGGCGGAGAAGCUUGCUGCGGAGCUGGAGGAGAAGAGGGCCGAGGCGGAGAAGCUUGCGGCGGAGCUGGAGGAGCAGAGGGCUGAGGCGGAGAAGCUUGCUGCGGAGCUGGAGGAGCAGAGGGCCGAGGCGGAGAAGCUUGCGGCGGAGCUGGAGGAGCAGAGGGCCGAGGCGGAGAAGCUUGCUGCGGAGCUGGAGGAGAAGAGUGCUGAGGCGGAGAAGCUUGCUGCGGAGGUGGUGGAGCAGAGGGCCGAGGCGGAGAAGCUUGCUGCGGAGCUGGAGGAGCAGAGGGCCGAGGCGGAGAAGCUUGCUGCGGAGCUGGAGGAGAAGAGGGCCGAGGCGGAGAAGCUUGCUGCGGAGCUGGUGGAGCAGAGGGCUGAGGCGGAGAAGCUUGCGGCGGAGCUGGAGGAGCAGAGGGCCGAGGCGGAGAAGCUUGCUGCGGAGCUGGUGGAGCAGAGGGCCGAGGCGGAGAAGCUUGCUGCGGAGCUGGAGGAGCAGAGGGCCGAGGCGGAGAAGCUUGCGGCGGAGCUGGAGGAGCAGAGGGCCGAGGCGGAGAAGCUUGCUGCGGAGCUGGAGGAGCAGAGGGCCGAGGCGGAGAAGCUUGCUGCGGAGCUGGUGGAGCAGAGGGCCGAGGCGGAGAAGCUUGCUGUGGAGCUGGAGGAGCAGAGGGCCGAGGCGGAGAAGCUUGCUGCGGAGCUGGAGGAGCAGAGGGCCGAGGCGGAGAAGCUUGCUGCGGAGCUGGAGGAGCAGAGGGCCGAGGCGGAGAAGCUUGCGGCGGAGCUGGUGGAGCAGAGGGCCGAGGCGGAGAAGCUUGCGGCGGAGGUGGCGGCCUUCCGCGCGAAGCGCAACGCUGCGCUGGAGGCCCGCGACGCGGACGGCACGCUGCCCGUGCUGGAGAAGGCUGUGGCCGCGGACGAGGCGGCUGCGCAGGCGCUGGACCCGCGGCAGAUCGCCGACGGGCCGCUGUACGCUGUGACGUUGGAGGAACUGUUACAGGCACGAGAGGAGGCGGCACGCAAUGUAGAGGCGAUGGAUGACAAUGCUGCUGCCUUGGAGUCAGAACUGCUGGAUGUGUUGAUGCAGUCGAAGGUGAUGAAAGGCGAAAACGCUGCUCUGGAGGAUCUCUGCAAGGAAAAGGAUGCUGCGGUAGCUGACCUUGAGAAGCACGACGUGCGUGCGAACAACAGCGACAAGGCGAAGCCACAGACUACUUCGCGCCACCGACGUCUGCGCUUCCGAGGCAUUUGUGUCCGAUGUGUGCGCCGCGUGCCGCGUGGGGCGCGAUGA